UACAGAACAGAGGAAGUACAGAUGAGAUGUCAGAACAUUAAUAAAGAAGAGUGUUAGAGGAGCUGUGAGACCAAAGUUACCGGUGCAUCCAAUCCAAUGAAUGUUGCUCGAGUGAUUCUUGCUCUAGUUUUCUGCACCUUUUUCACAGCAUCUUACUUCACAAAUAAGUAUGUCCUGUCUAUCUUAAAGUUUACAUUUCCAACCAUUUUUCAGGGUUGGCAGACCUCCACUGGGGCUCUCUUGCUACUGGUUACAUGGAAACUGGGUUGGGUUGAAAUCAAUGGCUUUUCCAGAUCUGCAGCUUUUUCCCAGCUUCCUGGGUCCUUCUUAUUUAUUGGUAACAUUUAUGCAGGGUCCAAAGCACUGUCACUUUUGCCCAUUCCUUUUUUCUUCGUGUUACAAAAUGUCUCAGAAGUCUUUGCUUUUCUCAUCGGAACAGCAACUCACAGAGAGAAACCACCAUGGAUGAAAUUAAUAAGUGUGUGUAUGUUGUUGGGAUCUGCCAGCAGCCUUAUGCUAUACAAUCCACGGUUUGGUCCCAGUGGCUACACAUGGGCGUCCAUCCAUCUGUUCUGUGUUGGUGCAUAUAAAGUAUUCCAGAAGAACACAAAGACAAACCUUCUGAGUGAUCUUGAAGAGCAGUUCAUCAAUUACAUGACCAGCGCAUUGUUACUUGCCUCUCUUGCAUACUCGACAGGUGAUCUGUCCGGUGCCUUAGAUUUCCCUCUGCUGACUUCAUACAGGUUCCAUACUGGCUGCUUGGGCAGCGCUAUAUUCAGCUUUUGUCUGAUGUUGGCAACCGUGAAAUUGAAGGGCAGUCUGUCUCAGGAGCACUGUGGCAUCUGGUUCUUCCUGGCUAAGAUACUGGCGUCAGGUCUUUCCCUUUCACUUUCCGCAUUCAACUCUGUGCUCAGCCCCGUGACUCUGUGCUGCAUCAUCCUGAACUAUGCUGGGGAGGCCUUGUUUGUGUAUUCAGACAGAUUUCAAUAAGUGUGUUGAAGAAUAUGGCCAGUGCCUUUGAAGAUUUUCCAAAUAAGUCACUCCAACUCUUUAUAGGGGCUUUAUAAAUUGACCAAAGCCAAUUGCCUCAAUGAGAUUAUUUUCACCUUGCUACACCCAAAACUCUUUUCAUGUGUUUACCAUUUACCGUAAUUCUUUUAGCCCUACAUUUUAAUAUGGCCAGUUUAUUGUAGUCAGUAUUGUAUAGUAACAGAUUUUCUGUUUUGCACUUAUUACGCAUUUUUCACCAGCAAUAUUUGUAAUUGCUGUUAGUGUUCGACCUUUUGCACAUCAUUGUCCAGCAGUUUACUUUUGAGAGUCCUGGAUCAUAUCCUGAAUACUGUCACACCUUACAUCUCUGUAUGAGAAUCGGUAAGAUAACAUUGGUACAUAAGCCCUCUGUAACUCUCAUGUAGGUUUUAAAACAUAUUUUUACAUAAUGGCAUGAGAUGUAUGUUGCCCAUGUUUAACAUUAUUCAUAAUUAUUGCAGGUUGGUUGACGGUUAUAUUUUUUUAGGGUAUCUGGGUUUUUCAAAUAUAGAAAUAACUCCCAAAAUUGAGUCCUGCAAAAAGUACUGUGAUUAUUCUGUUUGAGCCGAUUGACAUUUGUGACCCUGGAGCACAAAACCAGUCUUAAGCCGCUGGGGUAUAUUUGUAUUAA